GGAGAAGGGAAACAGCCAUAGAUGUUGUUCCAGGGCAACGGUCAGUCCCUGCGGCAGACGUUUGCCUCCUGCCCAAGAAACAACGUUCGAGCUGGAGCUUGGGGAGCACCAGUCCGGUCCGGGCGUAGCCAUGCAGCGAGUCCCCAACCUGCGCCCUGUGGCCUUGAAGGAGGAAGAGAAAUCUGGGCCUCAGCUCUCACAGACUGCUAAGGCCCUGGAGGCUGAAGAGGAGGAGACGACCAAGACCUCUAGCAAAAAACCCCCGUAUCUAGCGAUGUUUCCCGACGCCAUGAUAAAGUUUACCCGGGUCUCAAAAGUGAAGACAGCCAAGCUUUCGGUUCUCAAGAAGCCACAGCUGGCAGCGGAUGACACUUCGGAGGGGCCCUGUGGCUUGGUCUGCAUAACUAUCGCCUGGUGUCAGCGUUUUAACAGCAUUCGAUGGUUUAUGGCUUUCUACUGCGCCCUGCUCCUAUCUCAAGGUAUUGUGUUUGGUCUUACUGACGUGAGCAAUAAUGACUUUGAACAACACCAUAUUCUGACAACCACUGAGAAAUUAGCACUGACACUCAGUUAUGAUAUUUCUUCUUGCCUGCUGGCACUAUUUAUAGCAUACUAUGGAGGCAAUGGAAGCAGAACAAAGUGGAUUGCACUUUCCUCCUUUUUAGUAGGAUUUGGAUCACUUUUACUUGCUUUUCCAUACUUUGGUGUUAAAAAAUAUGAAUCAGAGGUAAAAACUGAAGAUAUUUGCAGCAUGGCAAAGUCUCUCCAUCCCUGCCUGAAAAGCAAAUCAUCAUUCAAAACAAAAUACAUCAGUUUCUUCAUCCUCGGACAAAUAGCUCAGGGAAUAGCAGGAAUGCCUCUUUAUAUCCUUGGGAUAACCUUUCUUGAUGACAGUGUUCCCACGCACUCAUCUGGCAUCUAUUUAGGCAUUGCAGAUGCUGUAGCAAUGGUAGGCUAUGGUUUGGGUUUUGCAGUAGGAGCACCACAACUUAAGUCCUCCCAGAACAGUACUUCUCCAGCAGAAAGUGCUGUCAACCAUGUUCAGGAGAGGAAAUGGCUUAAUUUUCUUUUUGUCUCUUUACUUGCAUGGUCUACGCUGCUGCCAUUCUUAUGUUUUCCAUACAGUAUAGCAGGUACAGCAAAGAUAAAAGCUAGGAAACAAAGAGAGUUUCGUUUGUUUGAGAGCCGCCUUAACUAUUGGAAAUUUGGAGGAAGUAUUAAGGACUUGUUUGGUGCUGUUUGGAUUCUGCUGAAGAAUCCAGUGUUUAUGUGCCAAGCUCUAUCCAAAGCUUCAGAAUCUUUAAUUAUUAUUGGAGCCUCUGAAUUUUUGCCUAUAUAUUUAGAAACUCAGUUUAUAUUAACACCCACGAUGGCAGCUAUGCUUACAGGACUUAUUUUAGUGCCAGCAGGUGCACUUGGCCAACUUCUAGGAGGCAUCAUUGUUUGCCAGUUGAAAAUGUCUUGUAAAGCCCUGAUGAGAUUUGUAAUAGUUUCAUCUACUGUAUCAAUUAUAUUUAUUGGGAUAGUAAUUUUCGUACACUGUGAUCCAGUGAGGUUUGCUGGAAUCAAUGAAAAUUAUAAUGGAACAGGUCAGCUGGGAAACCUCACAGCCCCUUGCAACAGUCAGUGUGAAUGCUCAACUUCUCUGUAUUCCUCUGUGUGUGGAAGGGAUAACAUUGAAUAUUUUUCUCCAUGCUUUGCAGGCUGUAUAAUUUCUAAAACCAUAAAAAAUCAAAAGAAGUACUACAAAUGUUCCUGUAUUAAAGAAGGAUUGACAACUGCUGAUGUGGAUGGUGAUUUUAUUGAUGCUGUACUUGGGAAAUGUGAUAUGAACUGCUAUAAAUUACCUUUGUUUUUCGCUUUUAUUUUUUCUGCAAUUGUUUUUACUGGCUUUUGUGGUGUACCAAUUAAUUUGAUUAUCUUCAGGAUUGUACCUGACAAACUCCAUUCUCUGGCCGUGGGUAUAACUUAUGUGGUUAUGAGACUAUUUGGGACAAUUCCUGGGCCAUCACUUUUUAAAAUAACAGGAGAAACUUCUUGUACCUUUCGGGAUAUCGACAGAUGUGGACACACAGGACGUUGUUGGGUCUAUAACAAGACAAAAAUGGCAUUCAUUUUGCUGGGAAUAUGUUCUCUUUGCAAAGUGUCCACUAUCUGCUUUACUGCUAUUGGAUUUUACAAGUACAGCAAUUUUGUAAAGGAAAAAAAAGACAUCCUGCGUGAUAUAUCUACAGAGUAUAAAAUCAAAAAAAGAGAAAAAGACUAAUUUGUAACUGGAUCUUCAUUGUCAGGAUUGCUGAGUAUCUGAGGAACAGAGCCUGAUAACAGACACAUCUCCUUAAAAGAUGCCACAAGAUGUGUUGCUGUACCUUAUUUUCAGAAGAGGAGAAAAUCACACAAUAUUUACUUGUCUCAGAAAAGAAUUUAUGGAGAUUUAUAUUUUCAAAAUAAAUUACCUUCUUAUAAAGAAUUUCUGACAAUGUUUUUAU